GUUAAAUGUCAGUCUGUAAAUUUAAGUGGUUAACUGAGAAACUUCCUGAAAUCUUGUUGCAAGAAGGAGGAGGAAGAAAAAGAACAGAGGCGAGGAUGAAAAACUUCAGUUUAGAGAGUCAGCAGACAUCAGUGAGAAGACAGUGUUGAAGAAUAAAGUAAAACAGUUAUUCUGUGGAGGGAGAGACUGAACAUCUCGAGCAUCGAACAUGUUUGUUCUCAUCUGGUCGGCUCUGUUUGUCUCUGUAAAAGGCAGCAUUGCUGACACAGGUGUCUCAGCCUGGGGACAACAACACUGUGUUGGAAGAUACUGUGUUACUCUGAGUGAGCGAGAACUAACAGCAGAGGCUGGACUCUGUGUUGUGAUCCCGUGUUCUUUCACUACUGCUGAUGAGUUUAAACCCCAACAUGUAGUUUGGUACAAAUGUGAAGCAGCUAAACACAGUUGCAGAGAAACUGACAUAAUAUUUCACAGCAACAAAAACACAGACAAAAAAGCUCAGGCUGCGUUUGAAGGACGAGUGUCACGUUUGGAGCCUGAUGUGAGUCAGAAAAACUGCAGCAUCAUCAUUAAUGAUCUCAAAGACUCUGAUUCAGGAUCAUAUCAGCUCAGAGUUACUGGUGUACGGGAUGGAAAACAAGAUGGACUCACAUUCAGUCAGAGAGUAACUGUCUCUGUUAAAGGUCUUAAUCAGAAGCCCACAGUAAUGAUUCCCACACUGACAGAGGGACAACAGGCCACACUGACCUGCACUGCUCCUGGUCUCUGCUCUGGAUCUGUUCCUGAAAUCACCUGGACAUGGAGAGGAGCAGGAGGGACUGAAUCUUACAUUACAGGAAACAGCACUGAUUUCAAGACUGAGAAUCUGACGGCUUUCACACAGAGACACAUCUCAACUUUGACCUUUAAGCCUUCAGCUGAACAGCACAACACUAGUGUCACUUGCAACAUCAACUUUACAGGUGGAAAAAGUACAGAGAAGACUUUGACUGUAAAUGUGACCCAUAAGAAAGAAAUUGCAAUCAGAGAUGUUACAACUGUUAAGGAGGGAGAUGUUCUGAAUCUGACCUGCAGUGUUGAAAGUUUCCCUCCAUCCAUGAUUGUGUGGUCUAAAUUUGGUUCUGACACAAACCUGCACAGUUAUUCUGGAUCAGCCAGGCUUGUCAUUGAGAAUGUGAAACCAGAACAUUCUGGACAGUACAUCUGUGCAGUUACAUAUAUGAACAAUACCCUGAAGAAGGAUGUCAAUAUCACAGUGAUAUAUAACAGGGCUGCUCAGAUCAUUGGGAAUACAACUGUUAAGGAGGGAGAUGUUCUGAAUCUGACCUGUAGUGUUGAAAGCUUUCCUCCAUCUCUGAUUGUGUGGUCUAAACUUAGUUCUAACACAAAGCUGCACAAUGACACUGGGUCAGCUACACUUGUCGUCCAUAAUGUGACAUCAGAACAUUCAGGGCAGUACAUCUGUACAGUAAAACAUCUGGACACAACUCUGGCUUCAUAUGUUGAUGUAACUGUGACUUGGCAUACAAAGAUACAGUAUGGCUCAGGAUGUGUGCUUCAGUCUGAUGGUUUGACCUGUUUGUGUAUCAGUGAAGGGUUUCCUUUACCUAACAUCAAAUGGCCUCUGUUGAAUCACCACACUGAGUACUCUGUCAUUACUAGUGUAUUAAACCACACAGUCAACAGUACUAUCAGUGUAACUGUAAAAAACCAUGGCAACAGCACUGUUGAAUGUGUCAGCAACAAUGGAAAUGGAGAAGAAAGAGAAAACCUGCUGAUCAACAACAACUUGUCCAACAAAGAUGCAGUUCAUGUGAAACAUUGUGGUUCUUACAGUACAGUUCUUCCCUGGAUUGUUGCUGGUGUAUCUCUCACUUUGAAUGCCUUCUGCAUAACCUACAUAUGGUUCCUUUGGAAUUCAAGAAAAAAGGUGAACCUACAUCAGGAGGAGAGAACCUACAUGUCACUGCAAAAAGUGGAUGCAUCAUCAGAUUAUGAUGUUAUUGCACAACAUAUAAACUGAAAAGUCAGGUUUCAGAUAGCUGUGUGAUUGUAAUGGCAGCCUGUUGUCAAUAGUGUGGUAAUUAAUUUAGUUUCAUUGUCUUUAUUAAAGCAGAUACUCUGGUAUUAGAAAUUUUAAUUUAAAUUGUCUAUUAAAUUAAAGCUUAAUAUUUGUUAAUUAUUUUUUACAUUGCAUUGUAAAUAAAUGAGAUUGUUUUUUUAUGUAAUAAUUUACACUUUCUAUUUCAAUUUAUACAUAGAGUUUAAUAAAAUUGUUCACAUGUCUACAGCUGCAAAUUGAGCUUCUU